AAACGAGGGUGUAGCAAAGUGCGGGUCGGUCUCUUCGCCGAGACAACCAGCGACAGGAUAACAGGAUAUCGCCUGCCAGGAGAGGUUUAGGUUCGACAUUAGGAAGAAUUUCUUUGCAGAAGAGGUGACUGGACUACGGACUGGGCUGCUCACGGGGAUGGUGGAGUCGCCGUCCCUAGGGGUGUUUAAGGACGUGGCACUCAGUGCCAGGGUCUGGUUCACAACGUGGCGUUCGGUCAAAGGUUGGGCUCGAUGAUCGAAAAGCUCUUUUCCAACCUAAUUGAUUCGCAGAUUCUACUCUUGGUGGUUCACCUCAUGCCCCACCUCACGUUCAUUCUGUCAGAGUAGUUUAUACCCUACAUCACACUACUACACUACACUUCCCAGUGAAAACAACACACUGUCUUAGAUUGGCUUUCAGUGUCGAAAGUAUUUUCUGCAAAAACAGUAAAUGGCAAAUUGUGAGUGAUUACUUUUUUCCUACGUGGCAAGUGAUGGGAGUUCACUUCUGUAACAAAGAAGGGACAGAGUGUGUGGAUUUGGCCCUCAAGCUUUGAAGUGCUCACAGGUCCUGCCUGUUGAGGUGAUUCCAGUGAAAGAACAGAUGCAGGACGCUUCAACUGGAGGGAUUUUUCCCAGAACAUUGUAUUCCUGGAGAGCAUCUUGUAAGGGCAGGAGUAGCGUAGUGUCCUGUUUUCCAGCUCUUGCACAUAGAACUUAUUGAUCAGAUGUCUUUUCAACUUCCAAGCAAGCUGUGGUAACCUCCACACAAACUACUUUGUAAUAAGUGAAAAACAUUCUGGGUAGUAAGGAAACUCCUGGAAAGCAAACAUGUUGAUAAAAUAUUCUUUCUUGAGAAAUAACUUUGGUUUUGUUUAUCUUUUUAUUUUUUUUCCCCCAGAUGUAAGUAUCUCUGUGUCAUCUUUACAAAGCAAAGAGCAUCUUUCCUUACUGGGAAAUAGGAGGCUUUACUUUGACACUCAUGCGCUGGUAUGCCUCUUGGAAGAAAAUGGGUUCACUACUCAGCAGUCGGAGGUCAUUGUAUCUGCAUUAGUGAAAAUCAUGAACACCAACCUGGAUAUGAUUUACAAGGACAUGGUCACCAAAGUACAGCAGGAAAUUGCACUUCAGCAAGUAAUGUCCCAUAUUGGUGGUGUGAAAAAGGACAUGAUUAUUUUGGAAAAAAGUGAAUUUUCAGCACUUCGUUCAGAAAAUGAGAAAAUAAAACUUGAGCUCCAACAGAUAAAGAAGCAAGUCGUGGAUGAAAUUACCAAAGUUCGUGCAGAUAACAAGUUAAAUCUAAAUCUGGAGAAGAGCAGAGUAAAAGAACUGUAUUCACUUAAUGAAAGAAAACUACUUGAAAUGAGGACAGAAAUAGUGGAAUUGCACGCACAACAAGACCGAGCUCUGACCCAAACUGACAGAAAAAUAGACACAGAAGUUGCAGAUCUGAAAACAAUGCUCGAAUCGCACAAACUUGAUAAUAUUAAGUACUUAGCAGGUUCAGUAUUUACAUGCCUUACUGUAGCACUGGGAUUUUAUCGUUUAUGGAUAUAGCAAAACACGAAUGUAAAAGGACUUCUUUGCCUGAGUUUCUGAAAAAAGGAAGUUUUUAAUCUUUACCUGGAUUUUAACCAAAUUUUGACUGAUUUAUUUAUUAUUUUAUAAAGCAGACUGUGUUGAGAAUGUAACCAAAGACGUGCCUAAAAACAAAGUGUGCUCAUACCUUGCAUACGUUGAACCUUACCUCUGAUGGAAUCACUUCUGCCGUCUCCCUCCGUUCUGAGCUGCAGGGCACCUGCUGCUGCCAGGCAUCCUGUAUAGGCAAAGACUGGCAUUCCUGCCAGUGGAGUGGGCCUGCGUGCUGUAGAGAAAACCGAUGGAAUUAUGUUCCAUUGCCUCCUUAGACACAUUGGCCAGACUCAGUUGCAUGUAUUGGACUGAAGUAUUUAUUAUUAGUGUAAAACUGAAGCUACAUGUUCUGUGGCUUGGAGGCACUCUUGUAUAAGUGGAGUUUGUGCUAACUAAAUCAUGCUUACUUCCCUCCCUCUAACACUUGUUUGUACAGUCACUAUGAUCAAAUAUUUGUUUGGCUAUUUUUGUAACAUAGCUAUCAGCUUGUUUUCCAGAUGACUGCCCAAUCAGUUGUGUUCAUGAACGGUCCUGUGUAAAGAUAGCAGUGUUUGCUUCUAGUUUUGUUUGUAAGGUAUUUGUAGAGAUUUUUGUAGCUAACUUGCCUUGGUACACGCAAGUAUCUGAUACUCAUUCCAUAUGCUAAUUGCUUUCCUUACCACUGUAACUGGAAGUUGGAAAUGUGGUAACAUGCACUGGUUGUGUUAAUUUGUAGUUAGGUGACACAAAGUGUCUCGGGUGCUGCCUUCUUGAUGAAAGGGAAAUGAUACUUCUAGAAAGGAAAGAGAUUUUAAAUGGUGGUUAUGAAGCAGGCUCUUAGGCAAGAGAACUGCAGUACCAACAGACUUCUGGGAGCUUUAUUUUUCAUUUUUUUUAAAAUCAUGUUGAUUCUUCAAAUGUGGAACACUGAUAGUGAUUAUAAUAAUUGAAGCAGCAGUGGACACUUGUAAAGAUGUUAAACCCAUGUGAAUCAGGAAGUGCUACUGAAAGCAGUGAAGAAAGAUGUCCAUUGUAUCCAGGUAUCUGUCAUUCUUCCACUGACUGUUUCAAAAUUACUGUUUUAGUAGCAGAGCUGCUAUCUGUGUUCCUUCAUUUAAGGGAAAUUUCCCUUUCCUGAUUGCUCUUAGGAGGGGAGCUCAGUUUGUGCACUGGUGAUAAAUGCUGAUAGAGCACAAUAACGGCUUUGCUUAAUAAAAGUAAAGCUUUUUGGCUACUUUGUGCCUGUACUGCAAUAACCAUUUAACAUUUUUGUGGUUGGAAGUGCCAACUUUGAUCAUGUACAAGUUCAGAGGAAGAGAUGGAUGCCUGUAACAAUACUGUAACUGGCCUGAAAUAAAGAAUUUUGAAUAUUUCAUAGAA